AUGGCAUCUUCCAGACUUCCCAUCCUUCUAGCAUUGGCAUUUUCCUCUUUGUCCUUCGUUCUUUCCCAUUCCAACAGGGAGAUGUGGUUUCAGGAUUUCUUUCCACCUAACGUGUGCCCUAUAAAUGCCAAAGCCAACACUUUUUAUGGCAUAAUGUUUGACGCAGGAAGCACUGGAACCCGGAUUCACAUUUACGCCUUUGUGCAGAAGAGCCCAGAAAAACUUCCAGAGUUGGAAGGGGAAAUCUUUGAGUCUGUGAAGCCAGGUCUUUCUGCAUAUGCUGAUCAGCCUGAAAAGGGUGCUGAAUCUGUCAAAAGAUUGCUGGACAUGGCCAUAGAUGCUGUGCCACCUCACCUCUGGAAGAAGACCCCAGUAGUGUUAAAAGCCACAGCUGGACUGCGCUUGCUGUCAGAGGAAAAAGCUCAGGCUCUGCUUUUAGAGGUGAGAGAAGUCUUUGAGGAAUCACCAUUUCUUGUUCCAGAGGACAGUGUUAGCAUCAUGGACGGGUCUUAUGAAGGAAUUUUAGCCUGGAUCACUGUGAACUUUUUGACAGGGCAGCUGUCUGGCCAGAACCAGCAUACUGUUGGGACUCUGGACUUGGGAGGAGCCUCAACUCAAAUCACAUUCCUGCCGCGGUUUGAGGAAACUUUGAAGGAAACCCCUGGGGAUUUUCUUACCUCAUUUGAAAUGUUUAAUAGUACCUACAAGCUCUAUACCCACAGCUAUUUGGGGUUUGGACUAAAAGCUGCCAGACUAGCAACGCUUGGAGCUUUGAAUAUGGAAGCUGUGGAUGGACAAAUGUUCCGCAGUUCUUGUUUGCCAAAGCAGCUGGAGGCAGAGUGGCAUUUUGGGGGAGUGAAAUACCGGUAUGGUGGCAACAAAGAAGGAGAAACAGGAUUCAGGCCUUGCUACUUGGAAGUACUCAAGGUUGUCAAAGGGAAACUGCACCAACCAGAUGAGAUUCGUGGAAGUUCCUUUUAUGCUUUCUCCUAUUACUAUGAUCGAGCAGUUGACACCGACCUAAUUGAUUAUGAACAGGGAGGUGUUUUGGAAGUGAGAGAUUUUGAAAGAAAAGCCAAAGAAGUCUGUGAUAACAUGGAAAGGUACAACUCAGCCAGUCCUUUCCUCUGCAUGGAUCUCACUUACAUCACUGCUUUACUGAAGGAAGGUUUUGGAUUUAGGGACAACACGCUCUUACAGUUAACAAAGAAAGUGAACAAUAUAGAGACAAGCUGGACUUUGGGUGCUACCUUUCACCUACUGCAGUCUCUAGGGAUAACCUACUGAGCUGGGACAUUCCUGUGGACUUCAGCAUUUCUGAAAGGCUGAGAAAGCAAAUUGAAAUCUCCAGCUUCCUUCCGGACUACGGAGUUAUGACCAUCUGCACCAAUCUGCAAAAUGAAGAGAUACAAUGUCACCUCUUCAGCAGCUCCUAAGAAAGCCAAGAUUCCAGUCUACAAACCUCAGCCUGCCGGUACACAUUUUUUGUUUAUUCAGGGGAAAAAAAAAGAAAAAAAGAAGACUCCCCAAAAACUAGAAGAGGUGGCCCCUUCUGCUCUUGUCCCAUUCAGCCCAGUCUUCUUGCAUCAGGUACAGAAAAGGCUAUGCACCAUGUCCCAUAGCGUCUCUGACAGCGUUAGCCACUCACCUCACUCAAGCCCUCCACGAGGGUGGAGCGGCACACACGGAAUCAGAACCAAAUCCAGUGGAAAGGACUUGGGUGAGAUGAUGCCUGAUCAACAGAAAUAAGAAGUUUAGUUACCAGCA